CUUUCAUUUUACGACUUUAUUAUCUUUCAGUUGUUCUCAACUAUUUGCUUACAAGCGUUAAUCAAGCAACAGUAUAGUUGUUUGAACCUUUGUGCUUGGGAAGGCUGUGGCGGUACGACGGAGGCAUGAACAGCCACGUGAUGUGUGAUUCAGACAUAUGGCGGUUCAAAAAAACCAGGUUACCCGUUUGGUUUGGAAGCAUUGAUCAUGCCACCGACGGAAACUGCCCCAUCCUCAACAGAGGAAGCUGUCAGUAUGGAAAUGCAGCCAGCAACAGUGCAUGACCUUCCCAAGACGACUGAGCAAAUCGCAAUUGACAAUGACGAAGAAACCACCUCUCAAUGCAGCAGUGAGCCUAAGGAAGCAGCUGUACCAAGCGACAAAGUGCGCUUGAAUCUUCUUCUGGUUUCGGGCAAAAAGCUUGUUAUUGAUACAGAAAAGAAUGAUACCAUCACACAAGUGAAAAUGCAGGUGUUGAAGCAAUGGCCUAAAGAAUGGAAUAUCAAUGCACCGACUACAGUGGAAGAAAUGAAUGUCAUUUAUUUGGGCAAGUUCUUGGCCAACGAUACUACCCUGGAAGCGAAUAAUAUAAAAAAUGGAAGGAUGACUACGGUACAUCUAAGUAUCCGUACGGCUACCAGUUGGAAGGAGGAUGGUAAGGCGAUGUGUGGUGAUAAGCAUAUCAUGAUGUAAUUCGGCCAACUAAUGUCAAUAUUUGUCGACCA